UCGUUGUUUUUGUCUGGUUGAUCACCGUCAGUCAAUGCCGUAUAUACAGUUUGUUUGAUUCAUAGUUGUUGGCAUACAACACACGAAACGUUUUUGUUUUUCCACUAAUGGACCAGGAUGAAAUUUGCAAAAUAUGCAACGCCGCUCCUUCAAAGUACUGCUGUCCCCGAUGUAAUGUUUUGUACUGCUCGCUGUCUUGCUACAAAUCGACACUUCAUCAGCAAUGUUCCGAAGGUUUCUACAAGGAAAACGUUAUGCAGCAAAUGGCUCUCGACAAGGACGACGAGAUAGCUGCACAAUCCUCCCAGAGUAUGGUCGAAAUCCUGAAACGACUAGAGCAGACCGAUGAGGACUGUGUCGGCAUCGAAGACGAAGGAGAAAGUUUUGAUGAACUAGACUCUGAUGAUUGUGAUUAUGUUCCCGAGCUAGCAGAGAGACUGGAGGGUGUCGACUUUGAUGACCCUAAUGCAAUUUGGGAGCGGUUAACAGAGGAUGAACGGAUGGAGUUUCAAGGAAUGUUGGAAAGUGGUGACAUUAGCACGGUUCUUCCAGAAGUAGAACCCUGGUGGUUGCGAGAGUACAAGAUAGAACUAGUACAGCCUUCGACCAGCUUAGCACUGUCGAAAGGAGAGGAGGAUCUCAUACAACAAUGUCCUAGUCUUAGAGUUCUCAUUAAAGAUUUCUCUAUUAUAUCCAGUAAGGAACCGUCUCCUUUGACAAAAUUUAAUCUAUGCAACAUUUUAGCGGCCUACGCUUUUGUUUACCGAUAUUUCAACGGAGAUUUUGGUGGAUGCUCUCAGGAAGUUUCAAAUUUGCUAAUAUCAAUCAGUGGCAAUUUGAAUGCAAACCACCUUUACGAAUCAGAAGAGAUCGCAGUAGAAUCAGUCUGUCACCAAUGCCUAAUAGAGCAACUGCCAGCCGAUGAGGAUACUAGUUUGACAUUGAAGAAAGAUAUGACAAUGUUUUUCGGGGGUCCAUCGAACUGUGGGCAAAAGUACAGGCAGUAUUUCCUGCUGGCUGCUUUGUCGGACAUACAUAGACUGUUUAGUAAGGCAAAAACUUAUAUUGCGCAGAAGAGGGCCUUAGGAAGCUAUAAGAGUGAAAAGGACAACGGCGCGUUUAGUGCUCAGUACAGUGACGAACAUGAAGGAGCAAGCAAUCUUGAGCUGGUCACACUAAAAAAAUGCUUGAAAAAAAUUGAUUACAUGCUGUCGUACUCCAAGGAUUAUUUGUAGAACAAACCUUGUGGUUCGAAAUUAAACGAUCGGCUCACAAUCCACAACGUAUGCUUAUUUAGAACGUGAUAAAUCACUUCGGUGUUCCGAUGUUCCGGAAUCGGCGAAUAUGUUACUGAACAGAAUUUUCGUCCUUACGUUUGAAGGCUUUAGAGACUUCGAAAUCCGUCAUCGGAAGGCGAAUAUACAGAUCGGGAUAGUCGAUGUGUAGGGAACGGUCUAUACAAGGCGGAAGCUGUUCUAAGCUACCACAAGAGGACUACAUGGUUUUCAUGUUGCUAAAUGCAAUUAUGCAUUUUUCUUCGGUUCAACAAAAACAUGCUUUUUGGUAAAUUUGAAUAAAUAAUGCCGCAUUGAUAGAAAUAUUGAAAUACCCAUCAUUCGAACAAUAAAUACUAAUAUAUUUUUUAUUGACUAGCGCA